AUGUGUCUUCUUUGUGCAUGCCUUUUAAUGCAUAUUCUAGUUCCAAAUCUCUUCUCUUAUCAAAAACACAACAGAAAAGUUACUGCCUUUGAUAUCAUCAUGUGGCUCCCCCUGUUGGUGGUGGUAGCACUGGUCCUGCUGUAUAGAUGGAAUAGACAGAGACAGAAGCUACAGAAUCUCACAGAAAAGUAUGUGCUGAUCACCGGCUGUGACUCUGGAUUUGGGAACCUUGCAGCAAAGCAACUGGAUGCACGGGGGCUGCAGGUCUUGGCAGCUUGUCUAACAGAAAAGGGAGCAGGGGAUCUAAAGAAGGAGACAUCCAGCAGACUGCAAACUGUGAUCCUGGAUGUAACUGACAGUCAGCGUGUGACAGUAGUUGCUGAAUGGGUUGCCAAUACUGUUGGGAAAAAAGGACUAUGGGGAUUGGUGAAUAAUGCUGGAUUUGGGUUUGCACUGGCUCCUAACGAAUGGCAAGCAAAAGAGGACUUUAUUAUGGCACUAAAUGUAAAUCUGUUGGGCAUGAUUAAUGUGACCCUACAUCUGUUGCCUCUGCUCAGACAAACUCGGGGACGCAUAGUUAAUGUCUCCAGUGCACUGGGGAGACUUUCCUCUGCCGGUGGAGGUUACUGCAUCUCUAAGUUUGCUGUGGAAGCAUUUUCAGAUAGUCUAAGAAGAGAGCUAGACUUCUUUGGGAUCAAAGUCUCCAUCAUAGAGCCAGGUGCUUUUGUUACAUCUAUGACAGACAUUGAAAAGCAUAAAGAGAAUCUGAGGCGCUUGUGGGAGGCUCUUCCUACUGAGAUCAAACAGAGUUAUGGAGAUCUGUACUACCAGCAAUAUAUACAGUCUAUGGAAAGAUUAAUGGGCUCAGCAAGUACAAGGCUGCAGGAGGUGACAGACUGUAUGGAACAUGCCCUCACAGCCAUUCACCCAUGGACACGAUACUCCCCUGGCUUGGAUAGCAAACUUUUCUUUAUCCCUCUUUCUUACCUGCCUACGGUCAUUUCUGAUUAUGUAGUGAGGCUUUCAUCCCCCAAACCACAAUAAAUGUUAUUUUAUAAUUUA